CAGCGUCCAGCAACGACAAGCAGUCAUGAAGGUCACAAUCAAGGAAUGGAAUGCUGUCGCCGCAUGGCGCUGGGAUAUGCCCGACGACGAUGUUUGUGGUAUCUGCCGCAACCCUUAUGACAGCACUUGCUCCAAGUGCAAGUUCCCAGGCGAUGAGUGCCCACUGCUCCUUGGCGAGUGCAACCACUCUUUCCACAUGCACUGCAUUUUCUCAUGGCUCAAGCAGGAGAGCUCACAAGAGAAGUGCCCCAUGUGCCGUCAACCUUUCAAGUCAAAGAGUCAAGACGCCACCGCCGCCGGUGCCGAAGAACCUACACAGGCGCCAGACAGCAGCCCCAUAUGAUCAAGGCUCCUCAAGCGAGAUAAUAUGAUGGCAUGAGUAUGAACAAGAUGUUACAAGGUUUUACAUAGCCUCACCAGGCUCGUAAAACACAGUGGAGGAGGGGAGAGGUCGCUUUCCAUCAGCAAGAUGCCCGCGAAAGCGCUCAUAC